AUGGCUAGCAUCACAUCAACCGCCUUUAGGCAGGCGGGCCGUCUCUGCCGUCACACCACAGCGCCCGGAAUCUCUUCGCGAGGUAUUUCCUCAUUAUCAAGGGUGGCGACAGCUCCAGCGCAGAGGUUAUCUCAGCAACGCAGAUACGUCUCCGAGACGAGGCGUGAUAAUGCACAGGUCAACGUCGAGACUGCGAUCAAGCUCGACACGAAGGACUUCAUUGAUGUCGUCCCUCAGUCACCCGAUGCGCCAAAUGUCUUGGUUAGUCCCAUGGCCGAGGUGCUGAAGCAAGUUACCACUAUGGAGGAGGGCCAGCGACCUAUCUACCUGGACAUGCAAGCCACGACUCCCGUCGACCCCCGCGUCCUCGACGCCAUGCUGCCGUUCUAUACAGGCAUUUACGGCAACCCCCACUCGAGAACACACGCCUACGGAUGGGAGAGUGAGGAAGCCGUCGAAACGGCGCGCCAGCACAUUGCCAAGCUUAUCGGCGCUGACUCGAAGGAAAUCAUCUUCACAAGUGGCGCCACCGAGAGCAACAACAUGAGCAUCAAGGGUGUCGCGAGAUUCUUUGGCAGAUCCGGCAAGAAGAAGCACAUUGUCACGUCGCAAACCGAGCACAAAUGCGUUCUUGACAGCUGCCGGCACCUUCAGGAUGAGGGCUUCGAAGUCACGUACCUUCCUGUCAAGAACUCUGGUUUGAUUGACAUGGACGAGCUUGCUGCCGCUAUCCGCCCCGAUACUGCUCUUGUUAGUAUAAUGUCCGUCAACAACGAAAUUGGUGUUAUUCAGCCCCUGGAGCAGAUUGGUCGGCUCUGCCGAGAGAAGAAGACAUUCUUUCACACCGAUGCUGCCCAAGCUGUCGGAAAAAUUCCCAUGGAUGUCAACGCCAUGAACAUUGACUUGAUGUCGAUCUCAUCCCACAAAAUAUAUGGCCCCAAGGGUAUUGGAGCUUGCUAUGUCCGCCGCCGGCCCAGAGUUAGGCUCGACCCUAUCAUCAGCGGAGGCGGACAGGAGAGAGGUCUGCGAAGCGGCACUCUCGCCCCGCCACUGGUUGCUGGCUUCGGUGAGGCGUGCCGCAUCGCUUACGAGGAGAUGGAGUAUGAUUCGAAACGUAUCAAGGCACUGUCCGAUCGCCUCCUCAACGGUCUCCUUUCUCUAGAACACACAACACAAAAUGGUGACCCUAAGCACUUCUACCCUGGAUGUGUCAACGUUUCCUUCGCCUACGUUGAGGGAGAGUCUCUUCUCAUGGCCCUGAAGGACAUUGCCCUGUCUUCUGGCAGUGCUUGCACGUCUGCAUCUUUGGAACCUAGCUACGUCUUGCGUGCUCUGGGCAACAGUGACGAGAGCGCCCAUAGCAGUAUCAGAUUCGGCAUUGGACGUUUUACGACUGAGCAGGAGAUUGAUUACGUGCUCAAGGCGGUCAAGGAGCGGGUUGAUUUCCUGCGUGAACUGAGUCCGCUCUGGGAGUUGGUUCAGGAGGGCGUGGAUCUCAACACGAUCCAGUGGAGCCAGCAUUAA